CUGAAAAACAGAAAAAGUGAAAAAGCAAACCAAACAACGCACGCAGCCGGCGAGAAAGAAACGAAGCCAAAAAGUGAAGAAAAAUGUAUUCGCUGCAAUCGAAUAAUGAACCCCAGUGACAUUUGGCACCGAUCAACGGCAACUUUCAUCGACAAGGAGUCAAUCUUGAAGGAGGAAAGGGCGCGAAGGAGACUCGUGCGCAUCCAGCAGGUGCGGCAGCAGUCAAAACAAAUCGCCAGCAGGGUCAUCGAAAGGUCCCGGCAGUUGAAGGAGCUUGAGCAGAAGCGGCAGCGUGAAAAAAAGAACCAAGCCCUUGGCGAAUGGAAACGGCACCGUCUGCAGCAGCUGACAAACGAACUGGACCAUGGCUUGCAGAACUUUGGACAGAGCUUCAAAGCCGUCGAAGAAGACUUGGCUCUGGUGAAGAAACAACAGGAAAAGAAGGAGAAACGAGAUAAGAGUGCCAAAGAACGUGGAGCUGUUGCUUUUCAAAUAGAAAUUGCUGAACGUGAACAAGGCGAGAUUAUUCGGAAGACGUCUCGCCACAAAAGGGAGCAUUUGCGAUUUGUUGAGAACCAGAGGGCAAAAGCAGUUGCUUCUCUUCCACCAAUACUGAAGGAGCCCUCAGAGGCAGUUGCCAGUUGCAAGUCGUCAGGCACAAAGGUUGAGGUGAUCGACUUUAGUGUGCCUCGAAGUCAGAGAAGUGUGCAUUUCACUACAGUGCCUGACGAUGUGGUGCAGAAAGUGGAGCCGAAGACCUCUGGCCUGAGUGCUGCUGAAGAAGCAGAAAGAGAAGUCAGGGCCAGAGAAAAGCGUGCUCACAAAGCUAAAGAAACUGAGCAGUUGACUAAGUGGCUCGGAAACGCGGCAAAUGCAAGAAAGGCUCUUGAGAAACAGUACAAGACUCUUUUCAGUCAACUAAAGCAGCUGGAAAAAGAGGAGCUGGGCGUUCGGCCAAUUGAAGCAUUAACUGUGAGUGACUUGAACAACCUGGAGCGCAAGUACUCCAGACUGAAAAAGAAGGAAAGGCAAACUGAGCUCAAAGAAAAUCAACCAGCUGUCAAGAUGUCUGAUGAAAAUAGAGAACAAUCUUCUCCUCAGCCAAUGGACCUGACUGAAUUUCCUGGGACGCAGUUCACACCAGAAGAGGCUGGAGCUUUGGGUGCAACAGCGCAAAGUCUACAGACCUUGCUGGACAGUCUUGCGGGUGAAAGUCGGCGUCGUCUAGAAGAAGUAGUUGGUGAGGACUACUAUUACUGCAGUGAUGAAGAUUUUGCCUCUCCACCUGGGUCGCCGACCCACCUCAACGUGGAGACCUCCUCGAGUAUCCACGUGUCUGGCUGCAGUGCAUCAGUUUCCACUGAGGUGAGUGUGUCCGUCAAGAAGCACAAGAAGAAGAAGAAAAAGAGCAAAAAGCGUCGUUCGGAGCCUCCCCCUCCGCAGCAGCAGAGCUUCCUCUCAACCAACAGCACGCAGUACAUGAGUCCUCCGGAGCACCUGCGCGAGGACAACAUUGCAGAGUACCUGGCGGCCAUUGAGCGAGAGAAGCAGCAGAUGCAGACACGACUGGACGAGCGGCAGCAGCCCAUCAACGUGCCCUUCUAUAUCAACAAACUGCUCACCAUGACCAGGGAGUCGGUCGAAGAACUCAGUGUCUCAUCUGUGGUCAGUUCUCCUUCAACCUCGGAACUUCCCAGCAAGAAGCAACGGCAGUCGACCUCUUCUUCCUCGACUGCCUCUGACACCCGAGACCAUCCUUCCUCAUACCAAGAUGGGUCCACUGCUUACCUUUCUCUGGGCGCACUAGAAGCCAAGGACCCUGUGCACACACAACUUGAACCCACCCCAAACACAGACCAGCUGCUCAACCUCAUCAACGCCCCUGCGGAGCAUUUAGUGAGACCUUUGGAGAACCUUCGUCUAUCAACCAUCGUGGAGGCAGACACUUCUGCUAUGUCCAGUGGCUCAUUGUCAGACGACAGCCGCACCAUGGAUGUGGAGGCUGAGCUGCUGCGCCGGGGUCUUCCGUUGCCUCGCUUUGAUCAGCCCUCUUCGCCAGCCUUGCAAUUAGACAACCUGCCCACAGGUGAUGAGUACCUCCGCCGCGCUGGACAGCUUCUGCGCUUUGAAUCUUCAUCGUCCUCCUCUGCAUCAGGGCGUGGCAAUGCGGUUUUCCACUCGACGCCCCUGCCUCUGCAGUCGUCCAGCUCGUCAAGCGGCCUCAACGACCAAAACCCUGGGGUCUCGCCCAUUCUGCCGUCCAGCGAGUGAAGAGAAAAUAAACUCCUUGUCUUGAAAACGAAUUGCCUUGUGCGUUAUACGUAAUUGCAGCACGAUCUUUCAACAAUGUCGCGCAGCUAUAUAUAUAAUUAUACUCGAAACUAAAAAUUGAAAUUAUAAGCUUGACAUUUCUUGCUAAGCGUUGCCAAGACGUGUGUGAGAAUUUAAUUUUACUGAAUUGAUAACUGAUUUAAAAUGAAAUUUUAUUGGAUAAAAUUAUGUAUGCUUGGG